GGAAAGAACAAACGAGGAGGACAAGAAAGUGAGGAGGAGGAGAGCAAACAAACCCACGUGACAACAAUUAAUCAAGGGGGAACACGCUACCAAACACAAUCAGCAAGAUGUUCUACCUCGUUGGACUUGGCCUUCAGAAUGAGAAGGAUAUCACCGUGCGCGGCCUGGAGAUUGUGAAGAAGUGCACCCGGGUGUACUUGGAAGCAUACACAGCCAUCCUGAUGGUGGACGCGCAGAAGCUGGAGGCCUUCUAUGAGCGCCCCGUCAUUGUUGCGGAUCGCGAGAUGGUGGAGCAGCAGUGCGAGGACCUGUUCCUCACGCCCGCAAAGGAGGAGGACAUUGCGCUGUUGGUGGUUGGCGAUCCUUUCGCCGCCACAACGCACACAGAUCUCGUCACACGCUGCAAGCAGCUCGAGGUCCCAUUUGGGGUUGUCCACAACGCCUCCAUCAUGAACGCGAUUGGCUGCUGUGGUCUCCAGCUCUACAACUUUGGAAAGACGGUGAGCAUUGUGUUCUUCACGGAGAACUGGCGGCCGGAUUCCUUCUACGACAAGAUCAAGGCCAACAAGGACCUCGGCAUGCACACCCUCUGCCUCCUCGACAUCAAGGUGAAGGAGCAGAGCAUUGAGAACUUGAUGAAGGGGCGCAAGGUGUAUGAGCCUCCUCGCUACAUGUCCGUCAACCAGUGCGCAGAGCAGCUGAUGGAGGUCGAGGAGAAGCGCCAGCUCGGCGUGUGCGGGCCAGAUGCGCUUGCUGUUGGCGUGGCGCGUGUUGGAUGCGAGGACCAGGUCGUUGUCUGCGGCACUCUCGUGGAGCCAGCCGGAGCACGCCGCUUCGUCAGCACGGCCGACAGCAGCAGCGACCUUCCCCAGAUGUUCAAUCACUCCGGUGAUUUGCCGCCAAUGUUUGGGGAGCCGUCCGCCCACCACCAGCACAAACCACACCAGCACCAGCACCAGGAGCACCAGCACGAGACACAUUCCGAGCUGCACACCCAGCCGUUUGUGUCCACGCUGAACCCCUCGUCCAUUGCUGCUGCCAUCACCACCAACAACAACAACACCACCACCAACCUCAGCACCAUCACCAGCAACGGUAACAGCGCAGGGACGCCCGCGGCCACGUCUGCACCGGCCAUGGCGUCCAACUUCCUCUUCGCUGCGUCCAUCGCCUCCACCGACCCUGACUCCAACCUGGCACGCGCUGGCCGCGACCACCCGUCCAUCACCACCACCACCACCACCACCACCACCACCACCAACCCCACCAGCGCCAGCGCUGCCAGCAACAUCACCUCCUCCUCCUCGUCUGCGUCUUUUAUCCAACGCAUGAUAACCCAGCACGGCUUCAACCCCGUGCGUUUCAGCCCGACUUCAAGCGCAACCACCACACAACAGGGGGCCCUCUCCUCAGCCGCCGGCAAUCUUGUGCAGCACCAACAGCAAGACCAACAACAACAACAGCAGCAGCAGCAACAACAACAACAACAACAACAAUUGCAGAGCAGCCCUGCAUUUCGUCUGCCGCAGCUGGUUGGCGCGUCGCCAGCGAUGCUGUCGGGGGUUUCGACGCCCUGGCCCACCAACACAGCCGACACCAGAGCCACGCUCACGGACCUGGCCAAGUUGCUGGGGCCCCUGACUCAGCAACAGCAGCAGCAGCAGCAGCAGCAGCAGCAGCAGCAGCAGGGUGGUAACGGGACCAGCAUGUCGUUUGCGUCGCAAGCGCCGUUUGCACCUGCAUCGAGUGCGGUCAUGAGCACACCACCAUCAACGACAGCGCCAGCGCCGACGCUGCCCAACGUGGGCGUUGCAGCAUCGUCAGCCGUCGCCCCCACCACCACCUCCUCCUCGUCGUCUUCCGCCUGGCAACGCCGCCUGCACCCCGAGCAGCAACAGCACGCCAUGGCAGCGAGCGCAAGCGUGACCACCACGGCGCGGCCGCUGCCGUCGUUUUCGACGUCGGACCCAGACCCAGAUCCGGCCUCAAACCUGGGCCAACCCCAUCAACAGCAACAGCCACAACAGCAGCCACAACAGCAGCCACAACAGCAGCCACAACAGCAGCAACGGGAGGAGGAUAACACUCGUGCGGUGCUUGCUCAACUGCAAGAGACGCUGUACCGGCACCAGGAAGCAUACACGAGCCAACAGCAGCGACAACAGCAACAACCAGCGGGCGGCGCCGUGUCAUCGUCGUCAUCAAUGCUCCACCCAGCAGCACCCACAGCCACGACGCCGAUGGCGUCUGCGGGUGUGAACGAGUCAAACGACUUCCUGGUUCGGCAGCUCUUGGACCUGCUUGCUGCAGACCAGCAACGGCAGCAUGGGCAGGCAGCCCAGCCAACACCGCAGGUCACCGGGACCACCUUCCAGCCGCAGCAAAUGGCACCCCACCCCAUGUCCGGCACUACCACUGGCACUGGCGUUGUACAGGCAGUCCCUCCUGGUCCGGCCAGUCCAAGUUCGUUGGCAGACAUGCUUAAAACCGCGCGUGAGCUCAUGCAGUACUUUGAGGGCGGCGCGACCACGCCUGUGGGCACCACGAAUGGCUCCGGUUUGCCGCCUUCCCAGGGGAUGCCGCCGCAGUCGUCGCACACGGCGCCACAGCAGCGCAUUCGUGGCGGUGCUCUCAUGACGCCAGAGGCGUAUGCUUUGCAGGGCCCGCGCGCCGGCAUGAGCGGUGCGGGCACGGCAAUGGGUCAUGGUGGUAACCGCGUCCAGCACGCCAACAGCGGCGCCGGCGCACCCGGCUGGAACACCAUAUACCCCAUGCAACCCCGCCACCACCACCAACAACAGCAGCGACCGCACCUCUCGUCCACACUGCAGCCGCUGCAGCUGCUGCCCGACGGCUUCAGCCCAUCCCUGCACGGCCCGCUGCCGGUGCCAAUGCCACCGCUUGACAACACGCCGUCCCGCCACACCAAGAACGGCCGGCGUGGUGGCCGUGGUGGCCGUGGUCGCGGCAACGGCGGCCGCACGCGGCGUCGACCGGCAGCGAAGAAGAGGCGGAACAGCGGCGGCAGCGAUGGCAGCGAUGGCACGGCGAGCAGCAGCAUCAGCAGCAGCGACAACAGCGGCGCGCGCACGGGCCGCCCCCGUCCCCGCCGUCCACGCGUUCGCGACCUGCCAGCGGAGAAGCGCGCGCAUGUGCGCAAGGUGGCGCGCGAAGCGGCACGCAGGCGCAAGCUGAAGCAAGUGGAGCGGAUGGACACACUUGGCAUGCUCAUCUCGCGGCUUGAGCAGAAGCACCACUGGCUGCGCAUGGAGAAGGCGUCCCUGGCUGCCGACCGCCAAUGCCUCAUCAACCGGAUUCGUGAGAAGCUGCGCAGUAACCAGCUCAACCUCCCCACCUUCAACACCCAGCAGCAGCAACAGCAACAACAGCAACAACAGCAACAACAGCCGCUUCGUGCGGCUCCCCACAUGCCCACCUCAUCAUCAUCAACAACGGGCCAAAGUGUGUUUGAGCACAAGCGCCAGUGA